AUGGUGGCGGCUCCGUGCGCCCGGCGGCUGGCGAGACGCUCCCGCUCGGCGUUGGUGGCGGCGCUCACCGUGCUGCUGCUGCAGACCCUCCUCGUCUGGAAUUUCACCUCCCUCGACGCCGGAGAGGAGCAGCGCGGCGCCUCCGGCCGCGAGAAGCGGGACCGAGGCACCGCCGGCGGCGGCGAGCACCGCGCGCAGCCGCACCGCCGCGGGGCCGGCGCCGUGCACGGGAAGGCGAUGGAUGGCUAUUUUUCCCACCGACCGAAAGAGAAAACACGAACAGACAGCAAUAAUGAGAAUUCGGUCCCCAAGGACUUUGAAAAUAUUGAUAACAGUAACUUUGCUCCCAGGACUCAGAGGCAAAAACACCAGUCUGAGCUGGUGAAAAAACCCCUUAGCAAGCAAAAGGAGCAUUUGAGAAAGAAACUGGAAGAGGAGAAGGUAAAGGAGAACUCGCUGCUGGGGAAGAGCUCCAAUGAGGUGGUGCAGUUGGGUGAUAAGCCUGGAAAGAACAGCAGCAGCAGCAACCUGAAGGACUUGCACACGCCUCCCAUACAGCAGCCGCUGAAAAAAACUGGGAACAGCUCUCCUGAACUGAGGUACGACCAGCCACCCAAGUGCGAGGUAACGGGCAAAGAGGCAAUCUCAGCCAUGUCCCGGGCAAAGUCUAAGCAGUGUCGGCAGGAGAUCGCUGAUGUGUACUGUCAGCACAAGCAUGGAAAGCUGAUGCCGGAGAAGGUGACACGUUUCUGUACGCUGGAGGGAAAAGCCAACAACAAUGUACAGUGGGAUGAGGACUCCGUAGAGUACAUGCCAGCCAAUCCAGUCAGGAUCGCAUUUGUCUUGGUUGUUCAUGGCAGAGCUUCUCGGCAGCUCCAACGCAUGUUUAAGGCUAUUUACCAUAAAGACCAUUUUUAUUACAUUCAUGUUGACAAGCGAUCCAAUUACUUACACCGGCAAGUGCUCCAGUUUGCUAACCAGUACCCAAAUGUGAGAGUCACUUCCUGGAGAAUGGCAACUAUCUGGGGAGGAGCAAGUCUUCUGUCCACCUACCUGCAGAGCAUGAGGGACUUAAUGGAGAUGAAUGACUGGCCAUGGGAUUUCUUCAUUAACCUCAGCGCUGCCGACUACCCAAUCAGAACAAAUGACCAGCUCGUAGCGUUCCUGUCCAGGUACCGCGACAUGAACUUCUUGAAGUCGCACGGGAGGGACAACGCAAGGUUCAUUAGAAAACAGGGACUGGACCGGCUCUUCCUGGAGUGCGACACGCACAUGUGGCGCCUGGGGGACAGGAAGAUCCCCGAGGGCAUCGCGGUGGAUGGCGGGUCGGACUGGUUUCUCCUCAACAGGAAGUUUGUGGAGUAUGUCACUUUUUCCAACGACGACCUCGUGACAAAGAUGAAGAGGUUUUAUUCUUACACGUUGCUGCCUGCCGAGUCUUUCUUUCACACUGUUCUGGAAAAUAGCUUGUACUGCGACUCCAUGGUGGACAACAACCUGCGCAUCACAAACUGGAACCGUAAACUUGGUUGCAAGUGUCAGUACAAGCACAUUGUUGACUGGUGUGGCUGUUCGCCCAAUGACUUCAAACCAGCAGACUUCCACAGAUUCCAGCAGACUGCCAGGCCAACUUUCUUUGCCCGCAAAUUUGAAGCGGUGGUGAACCAGGAGAUAAUCGGGCAGCUGGACUAUUACCUGUACGGCAACUACCCGCCCGGCACCCCCGGCCUCCGCUCCUACUGGGAGAACGUGUACGACGAGCCCGACGGCGUGCACAGCCUCAGCGACGUGGCGCUCACCAUGUACCACGCCUUCGUCCGCCUGGGCCUGCGCAGAGCCGAGAGCUCCUUUCACUCUGCUGGGGACAACAGCUGCCGAUACUAUCCCAUGGGCCACCCAGUUUCUGUCCACCUUUACUUCCUCGCUGACCGUUUCCAAGGUUUCCUCAUCAGACACCACGCCACCAACCUGGCUGUCAGUAAACUAGAGACUUUGGAAACAUGGGUGAUGCCAAAGAAAGUCUUCAAGAUCGCAAGUCCGCCCAGUGAUUUUGGAAGAUUGCAGUUCUCAGAGAUUGGCACGGAGUGGGAUGCCAAGGAAAGGCUGUUCCGGAAUUUCGGAGGUCUCCUCGGACCAACAGAUGAGCCAGUUGGCAUGCAGAAAUGGGGAAAAGGCCCCAACGUCACCGUUACUGUCAUUUGGGUGGACCCAGUCAACGUCAUAGCAGCGACGUACGAUAUCCUCAUUGAAUCCAGCGCAGAAUUUACUCACUACAAACCGCCCUUGAAUUUGCCCCUGAGGCCUGGUGUCUGGACAAUAAAAAUUCUGCACCACUGGGUCCAGGUAGCUGAAACCAAAUUCCUUGUUACGCCUCUCACCUUCUCAAAUCGGCAGCCUAUCAAACAAGAGGAAGCCAUGAAAUAUCACAGCGGGCCUCCAAAGAACGCAUACAUGGAGCAGAGCUUCCAGGGCUUGAACCCAGUCUUAAACAUUCCUGUCAGCGCUGCUCGCGUGGAUCAGGCCAAGAGGAACGCGGCGCUGGUGGGCGCCCGGCUGGACGCCUGGGUGGACUCACUGGUCAGCAGCGUCUGGUCGGCCGUGGACAUCUGCAGCACCGGCCCCACCGCCUGCCCCGUCAUGCAGGCCUGCACCCAGACUGCCUGGAGCUCCCUGAGCCCCGACCCCAAGUCCGAGCUGGGCCCCGUCAAACCCGAUGGUCGCUUGAGGUAGCAGCCGGUACGCCCUCCUUCGGCAUAGGGUCUUAAAAGGGAAUCGAACCUUGCUCCAACAUGAAUCUCAUGCUAGGUUUCACCUAAGGGAACGUUAUACUUUUUUGUUACAUAUUGCAAUGUAAUUAUUUCUUAAAAAAUAAUCUGACAAGGCCUUUGGCACUGCUCUCUCCAUCAGUUCCGUUGGAGUGGCUUGGCUCACCGUGUGGGCCUCAAAGCAGCAGCAGCAGUGAGCCAUGGAGAGGGCAGUGAGGGAACAGCUGCUAAAAGUGGUGUUUUUUAAAAAUAAAUUUGUCUGUACCUCU